AUGGCAGAAGUUGUGCAAGCGCGGACGACCUUCACUCCCAAUUCACCAUCACGAAAGCGCUCUGCAUCUCCCGACCACGAACCCACCACCGAACCCCCGAGCAACGCCCUCGCCACCACCAACAAUGACUCCUCUCUUACCUCCUCCGAACCGCCCACGAAGAAAACAAAACUCAUCCGCCGAAAACGCCGCCCAGCACGACCUCAAGUCGACCCAUCAACGAUAAAAUCCGAGCCACCUCCCCAAACCGGUACGAUCUUCAACAUAUGGUACAACAAGUGGUCCGGCGGCGACCGCGAGGAUGCCUACCUAUCCAAAACUGCCGCACCCUCACGUUGCAACAUCCGCAACGACUCCGGCUGGACGGCCGCCGACAAGACUCCGGGGAGUUUCUUCUGCCUGUUCUUCGCGCGAGGGCUGUGUCCCAAGGGCCACGAAUGCCAAUACCUGCACCGGCUCCCGACCGUGUUCGACGUGUUCAACCCCAACAUCGACUGCUUCGGGCGUGACAAGCACAGCGACUACCGCGACGACAUGGGGGGCGUCGGCAGUUUCACGCGCCAGAAUCGCACACUCUACGUUGGGCGCAUCCACGUCACGGACGACAUUGAGGAAGUUGUCGCGCGCCAUUUCCAAGAGUGGGGUGAGAUCGAGCGCACGAGGGUGCUCACCGGCCGGGGAGUCGCUUUCAUCACGUAUGUCAACGAAGCAAAUUCGCAGUUUGCGAAGGAGGCCAUGGCGCAUCAGGCGCUGGAUAAUAAUGAGAUCUUGAAUGUGCGCUGGGCGACGGUCGAUCCGAAUCCACUGAGCGCGAAGCGAGAGGCCGCGAGGAUCGAAGAGCAGGCCGCGGAAGCGGUUAGGAGAGCGUUGGGGGACCGCGCAGUGAGAGAGAUUGAGGGGCGGGAGACGAGAGAAGAGAAAGACCAGAGGAAAAUCGAGUCCGGAUAUGGUCUGGAAGGCUACGAGGCUCCGGAAGCCGUUUGGUACAACCAACAGAGGUACCGUGACCUUGAGGGCCAGAAAUUGGGGGAGCGAGGUCUUCUCGAAGCGCCUCCUGGUCAGGACGGUGCGGAUAUCCAACAUGACGCAGGUGAUAUAGAGCCUGCGGUGGUUUCGAAUCAGCCUACUGGCCGAGCAGGACCUGCAGACAAUGACCAAAACGGCAUACUCUCGGGCUCUACGCUAGCUGCGCUGAAGGAAUUUACUGCAGCUGGAAGAACACCGACUCGCACACAGCAGCCUGCGAAGCCCGCAGCGGCUGGCGGUCUUCUGGUGGAAUACGGCAGCGAUGAAGAUAGCGACUAG